CAUCUCCCAACGGCAUUAGUUGUACCUUGCAAAUAACAUAAAAAGAGAGAGAUUUAAUUAGAGAGAGAGAGAGGAGAGAUAUGUUUUUUUGGAUUAGAAUAUAGAGUUGUCAUGUUUUCAUGGCUUGUUUGCGUCAUGGUCGUCUUCCAUUUCCCAAAGGUUUCGGCUGGCUGUGUGGAUGGCCCUGUAGCCCCAAAUGCGUCUCUCACAUUGCUCAAAGCUGAUGUGAAUGAUCCCAUGGCGCCUGACUUGUGCAACUGGAACCGCAUUUUUGUUCGUUAUUGUGACCGGUCUUCUUUUACCGGCGGUGUUCAAGGGGCGGAUCCAGCCAUUCUUUCUGGAAGCUCUGCUGGAGGCUUAGCAGAGAUCAUACAUUGUGAUUGCUUUAGAUCGUUUUUACCCGCUUCUGCUCGGGUCAAAUGUCUUGUUGACUCUGCCUUCUUUUUAAACCCGCGCCAGAAAAUUUAAUUGGGGACAAGAUGUUUGACAAUAUAUUUUAAGCCCUGGUUGACUCACAGGCGCCAUGGGAUCACUCACAUCAGU